UUCUAAACAAAAACUGAAGGAUGAACUAAUAACAUGGUACAACACCAAGCAUAGUACAGUUCAUCUUUCACCACUCACAAAUGCUUUCCCUACCCGUCUUGCCGGGUUCUACAUUAUGCCAGAAGUUGACAUACAGACGAAUCUUUCAGAUGGAAGGAAAGAAACAACUAGGGUCAAGUCGUUAGGGGAUCUGCUUACAUUGGAUAGGAAUGUUCCACUGGAAAUAUAUUUAUCAGCAGUUGCUGGAUUUGGGAAAACAGCAUUUUCAAAAUAUCUCGCGAUAACAUGGUGUCAAGCUCAUAAAAAUGAUGAAAAUUAUAACCAUUUUAAAGAUGAAGAAUUAGAGGCUUUAUCUGGCUUCGAGUAUUUAUUUCUAGUGCUAUUGAGAGAUACAGCUAAAGUCUGCGAUGUCGACGACAUGAUUGAACAACAGGUCAUACAAUAUCUUCAAUGCUCAUCUUCAAUGCCGAAAGAGUUUUUGAAGGGUCUAUUAAAGGACAUUUUACGAAAUGAACAAUGCCUUGUUAUAUUAGAUGGACUUGAUGAAUGGACUCAUCCUGAUAACGAUUGUUUAAAACUUCCUAAAAGUGUUCCUCAUCGAUAUGCACGUGAAAAAUGUGUAAUCUUAACAACGACCAGGCCAUGGAAGCUUGGAGUCUCUAACUUAGAGAUAAGUCACAAAACAGUAGAGCUAGUUAAACUAAAUAAACACAAAAGAAGGGAGUUUAAUCUAAACGCAAUGAAAAUAUUGAAACGCAGCAAUGAAGAUGAAAAUCUGAUCAAUGAAGUGUGUAGAUUUGAAGAGGAAAUUAGAAACCAUGACCUAGAAGAUAUGGAAUCCACCCCUCUUCUUUUACUCUAUCUUAUAUGUUUAUGGGUUGAACAAAUUCCAAUAGGAAAUUCAGCACUAGAUUUAUAUACAAGCAUUAUUCAGCUCCUCUUAUUUAGAACAGAAAAAUUACAUGGAAAAUUUCAUUCAUCAUGUGAAACAUCCCCUGGUGAUGUCCCUGAAUGUUUCAGAACACAUAAACAUUUCUGUAGCUACUACACGUUUCUGCUUUCCAUUGGGAAACUAGCUUUUUAUACAUUGUUCAGUAAGAAAAAGGAGCACACAUUAGUUUUUGAUAAAAAUGUUGCAGAAAAAUAUCUUAACCAAGAAGAUUUGAAAUCAAGCUGUCUAUCAGGAAUAUUAUCAGAAAGUAAAGUAACAUCAUUAUUAAAUGAAGGUUAUAAAAUCUCUUUUUCACAUAAAUCAGUGCAGGAAUAUUUUUCAGCAAUAUUUAUAAGUUUUCAAAAUAAAAGUAAAGUUCGGAAAAUCAUCCUUGAAAAGGUUAAGUGUUUACAAAAUAUUCUAGACAUGUCAAAAGUAUUUGUAUUUAUUAGUAACAUGAAUCCUAAAUUAAUGUCAACAAUAUCAAGUGAAUUGAUGCCUGUGAUAAACAAUGAUGAAAAAACAAGCAAAUACAGAACUUUGACGGAUUAUGAUCACAUGUACAUUAAUCCAUUACAAGACAUACAAGACAUGUAUAUUUCUUGUGCCAAUGAAAGAAAGGAAAACAAAGACCUUAAAUUAUGUUUACAAGACUUAAUCAUUAAUGAAAAAUGUCAACAAGAAAACUACUUCAAACAAUUACAACAUUUCUGUCAACAUAAUAAAGAAAAUUUAAAAUCAAUUAUGAUAGAAAAUAGAAGUAUUUGUAGUCUACAAGAAAUUAUCAAUUUGUUAACACUCUCUGACCUUCCACAUAUAGAGAAAUUAUUCUAUGAAGGUAAAAUUAUAGAAGAGGAAAUGAUGAGCUUGUUAUUGAAGCCUUUAAAAUGUUUAACUGUGAUUGCAUAUGAAUGCGACAAUCAUAAACUUAUAGAAGACGAUUGCCGGCUAUCUGCAGAGAUAAAAAGAGGACUGGUUAAAUUACAACACCUGGAAUGUUUAUAUAUAGAAGGUUUCAUUAUGACCCACAAGGUAAUGGAGACAUUGUUAAAUUUCCUCACUAGUAAAAAAUCAAUGAAAGAAAUAAGAUUGUACACUUUAUACUGUAGUGAUCAUGGUACUUCAUGUAGGGGAUUCAACCUUGACCUGUCUCAACAUUCACAACUAAAAUGUAUAGGAUUGCAUGAGAUACAUGUGUCACAAUUAAACAUGGAUGUAUCUUUGUUAGAGAAAUGUGAUGUAGGUGAUUUAUAUAAACCUGGUGUUGUGGCAUCUUAUCUCAAUCAACUGCCAGCAGCCAGAAAACUACAAAGAUUUUGGUGUCGUGAUCUAAAAUCUUCCAGUGACAUAGAAACAAUGUUACAAACACUGCCAUUGUUACAUCAUAUGAAAGAAGUUAGGUUGUAUAGAAUCAAUUUAGGUGAAAGAUCAUUAACACUGCUUCCUCAAAUGAUCAAUAUUGAAGGCGUUGUCUUAUGGAAAAUAACAAUGUCUUGUUCAGUGUUGAAUGAUCUCAAAACUGUUAUAAACAAACUACCACAUACAGUGACAGUAAAUAUCUGGGGUUGUGAUAUAAAACCAGAAACAGAAUUUGGAAAGUUUAAAACAUCUUUAAAACACUCAGACAAUUUUGUGGUCACACGUGAUGGCACCUUGAUGUCUGGAAUGUACAUUUUUGUGUUUAAAACAACAAAAUGUACUGAGCAAUCUUAAAUGAACUUGGGAGAAACAAUUUAUAAAUAGAUUAUGAGACAAGUGACAGAUGAUCCUUUACUGUACAAUGUCUGUAUACCAAUGUGUUCAUGUUUUGUGAAAGCAUUGCAAACAGACCGCUUAUGUCAAAUUCCCACUGGAUUCGCCUUAACGAAGCAUACUUUCUUUGGAUAGAUUCGUUUGUGUAAUUAACAUUUUAGCAUGAUUUUACUUAGUAUAAUCAGAUGAUGGCCAAUUUAACACAGUUGUGAUAAUAAGACAAUCGUGUAGAUGCCAAACAAUACAAUUUGAUGCAUUCGUUGGAUGACACAUCUUGAUCUUCAACAAAAAUUAAUAAGAACAAUGUAUGUUGAAAGUAAUGAAAGUACCUGUGUGGUCGGAAAUUUUAGUUUUGAUUUAAAAUCAUAAUUGUCACAUGUUAACGUAAAUGAAAGCUGUUUAUGAAAGUUUAUGUCAUAAUCAUUUCUGUAAAUUUUUUACUCCGACAUACAGUAGAAUAUUGUAAAUGUUUUAUCAUAAAUAUUAUGUUUUUAACUGUUCCGUGAGAAAAAAUGUGCAGCCUGGUCGACAGUCGAGCCCAGUACAGUCAGAAUACCGUUUUGCAGCAUUGCCGACUGAGCUUGACGAUCGCUUACACCUUGUCUUUCUACACUAGUUUAGCUUUUGUUAAUGUACUGAUGAUGGAAGGGAUGUAACCUAUUUCGUAUUUAAGCCUUGUUGUGAUCAUGAUUACAUUUCCCUUAUCCAUGAAGCUAACAUUGAAUAAGUAUAUAAUACAUUAUUUGUAAUUAGUUUUCCAUGCAUCAUACUAUGUAUAUAAUAUAACUUAAAAUGUGUUCAUGUUUCAUGACUGUUCACUCAGGGAAACAAUAUUUAGUACAGCAAUAUUUAGUGCUGUAUAUUAUCAUAUCCAUCGAUCUUUCCAAAUAUUUUCAGCCUUAACUCAGCAAAUUUGUUAACAUAAAUUAAGUGUAUAUAUUUUAGCAAAAUUGUUAUAUCAUAAAUUCAGUGUGUAAAUUUUAGCAAAAUUGUUGUAUCAUAAAUUCAGUGUGUAAAUAUUAGCAAAAUUGUUGUAUCAUAAAUUCAGCGUGUAUAUUUCAGCAAAAUUGUUGUACUAGUAUCAUAAAUUCAGGGUGUAUAUUUUAGCUAACCUGUUGUAUCAUAAAUUCAGUGUGUAUAUUUUUUUAUUGUAAUUUUUUUAUUAGUUGUGUGGGCUUAACAUGAAUAUCUUUCAAAGUUUAUUGCUUUAAAUAAAAACAGUAUUGCAAAAUAUCAAAUUUUGUCAAAACUAUUGCUAUCUCAUUAUUGAAUAAACUCAGUUUAAUUAAUUUUGUUUUACAGUAGUUCAAAUUUUAGGUAUGAAUUCAUAAAUCACAUUUAGUUAUUAAAAGUUUAGGAGGUAAGAAAAGCAGCUUGUAAAAAUAGCCUUAUGUCAAUUGACAAUAUUUUAGUUAUUAUUGUUAACCUUCAGAUAUGUCUACUCAGUAAGAUGAUGGCUAAAUUAGAUUGAGUUCAAUUUGAUUUUUGCUCUCAAACUGACUUUAGCAAACAUAUAUAUUGUUCAGUUAAAAUAAAAGGAAGUUCAUAAUUUUAUUAUCGAAUGUAUUCAUUGUUAAUAUGUAUAUAUGUUUGUAUAUUACUGAUAACUGUUUGAUUUAAUUUUAUUAUAAUAUGUAUGACAAGUACUUGAAAAUGUUGUUGGUACUUGAAAUUGUUAUAACAUUAAUCAAAUGAAUUAUGCUCCUGAACUUGUGCAUUACAAUGAAUUGAUUGUUACAGGAGAUAAAUACCUUUGCUAUUUUUGCUAAUACUGGUAUGGUAUCCAGCAGUUCAAUAUAUUAUUCAAUAAACCACUAAAUAUAUUUAGAAUGGAUUUAAGGUAACCUAGUAAAAAUUAUUUUGCAAAUUCUUAAAACAUAACCGACAAUAGUAUCCUUCGAAUCAAUUACUUAUUGUACUAUGUCUAGCCUCGUUCAUAUUUCGAAUAUUAAAAAAAUCCAUAUCAAAUAACAAAGUUCUGUCAACAUGUUUAAAGCAUGGUGGUGUGAUAUAAAGGGGUCAUCAUAUAUUGUAAGGUACAUCAAAAAUAUAAUAUUUUACAUAAAUACAUUUUUCAAUUGGAAUCCAUUUCUAAAGGGCAGGUAACUACAUUAUUUUUUUCUCAGUAAUGCCCCCCUUUUCGUUUUUGAAAUUCUUGGUUAACUUUACAUUAUCUUUUUAGUUCGUAGUAUACAUAUUUAUCAUUUAAUUUUCUUGUUACUAGAUAAAUUAAGAUUAAGAAUUUUGAAAUAAAUGUCAUGAUUGCAAUUACCAUUAUAUUGACGUUAUGCUUGUAAACAUUAUUGUAUUAUAGAUGAUGUACUAUGUACAAAUCUUAAUAAAGUAUCUGUUCUGUUCUGUUCUUGAAUUACAAUAUAAAAGACAUUCACUUUAGACUUAAUGCAAAUGUUCACUUUCCAAUUUAUAAUUCACUUGUAGGGGAGGGAAGAUAAUCCUGAAAGCCUUCCCCUUAUUAUUCCCCUUGUUAAUUUAAGUAGUUGUGUCUUUUUUUCAAAAACUGUUAUAGUUCAAACUCGAAAGUCAAAUGUAUUUGUUGACAAAAGAAUUCAUGGAUGUUGAAGAGUGAGAUAUAUGAUCAGAUAUUACAUAUACUCUUGUAGCAGAUGAUAAAUUGCUGUAUAACCAAAAAUUAUUAUUUACCUUACGAAUGUCCAUUCUAAAUCACUAAGAAUCUUAUUAACAUCUUUUCAAAAAAAUAUUUCAUAAGAAUAUGCAAAUGAUACAUUUCUAUAUUCUAAUCUAUUGUAGACCAAUUCACUUUAGAGCUGUGUACUGGUUCAAAAGAGGCCAGUAAACAAUAUUAAAUAACCUUAUAAUAAAUGAAUAAUUAUUAUAGUUGAUAUUAUAACAAAAUAACUGAUAUGAAUGAGAAUAACUGUUUCCAUAAAUUUGAAUUGUACUUCCUUAUUUGUCUUAAUGUCGACUGCUUUUAUUUCAUUUGAGUAAAUGAAUAUUGUGACCGUGUACAUUUUACGUUUUACAUUCUUGUACAUAACGUGUUUAAUGUAUAAUAAAAAAUGUACUCUGAUAAAAACACUAAUUUCUGUGUAGUUAUGACAAACAAACUGGCACGAUGUGUUUAUGCUAGUAUCUAAUGUUUCAAAUAAUUUCUAUUCUGUGUAUUAGAUAAUUGAAAUAAAACAGAAGCGUGACGAUCAUUUUGUAUGAAAGUCUCUAAUUGAAUGAACUACAAUGUAAAUGAAAUAGUUUUUCAUAUUUUCACUUUAACAUAGCUUGAUAAUGCAUCCGGUGAAUAAUGAAGCCAACAUUCCGUCACUUUGUCUGUGAGCUGACCGGUUUGUGUCGCAUGUAACCUAUAUUUAUUUGCCAAGAUUUGUGGUAUGGUAACUAGAAAUCUGUGAAAGUUCAUAUAAAUAUAUGUCAACACGUGAACGUACAUAACUGGUUAAUUAGGCACAUUUGAACCCCAACCCCUCUCAUACAAAAUUAAGCUAAAAAUAGAAAUUUUAGACAAGUUUCGUGUGCAACUGCAAGAACAAAAAACUUUCCAAAAUUAGUUAUAUAAGCAUCUAACUAAUGCAUCUGAUAUUUUUUUAGAUCGGCAGAGUUAUACCCCCUGCUUAAGCAAACAGAAACAUAAUUAUUUGGAUGUAUAACUGCUACGUAUAUACAAUCAUUUUGUAAUAUUCCGACAAAACAGCAUCUGUCAUGUACACACAUUUUUAGUUCGAUAUUUUUUCCUGUUGCCAACUUUAAUUUGCCUGUUUAAAAUUUGAAUUCGUAUAUUAUAGUCUGGUACAUAAAAAUGUGUUUAUUUAUUUUUAUGUCUCAGAUAACUGUUAAGUUUAAAUGUAUUUUGUAUUUUAUAUGAUAUCUGAAUUAUAUAAAAGAAUAAAUUAUUGAUAAAG